UCAUCUUCUGGCUUUAAAUCCUCCCACCUGCUACCCACAGACCGCUCGUCCCAGCCGUGCAGGGUCCUCCAACAAAAUGAGACUUCCGUCCUGCCUUUUCUUCAUCGCUGCUUCCUUCAUAGUGGGAGGGACUCUGUCCAUGAGGACGGUCACGUUCCCUUAUCAAACAAGCCACAGUUAUGUGGAGAUUAUUCCCAUGAUGGAAAUGGAGCUGGGGGCUUUCACUCUGUGCAUGCAGGUGGCCACAGAGAUCACCGGUAAGCAAAAGAGCAUCCUCUUUGCGUACAGAAAGAAGGACAACGAGCUGAAUGUGUGGCGGGAGUUGAACGGCAGGAUCUCCCUCUACCUGGGAGACGGUUACAGUGACUCCUUCAAAGUCCCUGACCUCGGCCCCCUGAACUCCCACCUGUGUUUGACCUGGGACUCCAGAACAGGCGCGACGAACCUCUUCAUGGACGGCAGGAGAAGUCUGACCAAAUUCCUCCGGAAGGGUCACAUCAUACCCGCUGGGGGCAAAGUUUUCCUGGGGCAGGAUCCAGACGACAUUGAACAAAUGCAGUCAGGCUUCAAUGCUGAUGAAUGUUUAGUCGGAGAAGUGUCUGAUGUCAACUUGUGGGACUCGGUUCUGUCAGACAGUGAAAUCUGAGACUUGAGUUCUGCAAAAUCAGCGCUGAGGGGAAACGUCAUCAACUGGGAAACGGCAAACCUCAGAGAACGUGGAAACACGGAGAUUAUAAACCGGCGGGUGUAAGUCCAGGACCGUCGGUGCUGCUGUGGCCAGCUUGAACUGCUGAGUUUGGAGCAAAUAAAAUGAACUUUAAAAUGUU